GAAACUUUUCAUGUAUCCCUUUGCUUUGGACCCCUCCAUCUUCUCUCGUCUCUCUUCUUCCCCCUCCCCCCGUAUAAAUUCCCCUGUCCGCAUUACCUUUUCCGCACUCCCCUCCCCUUCUUGUUCUCAAUCUGUUUUCCCAUUUCCAUCUCCCUCUUUCGCUUCUUUCAUUUCUUACCAUCUCUCUCUCUCUCUCAAUCCGUCUUCAUCCGGGUUUGUUUUAGUUUCUUGACUUAAGAAGGGCAUCGGUUGGGGCUGCCACUGCCGAGCGACCGUGCGUAUAUGCACUUUAGGGAACCUCGCUGAGGAUUUGUGUCAGAAGAUCGAAAUGAAUCUGUCAGUAAAUGGUCAGUCUCAGGUCCCUCCCGGCUUCCGAUUUCACCCAACGGAGGAAGAGCUUUUGCACUACUACCUCCGCAAGAAGGUGGCGUACGAGAAGAUAGACCUCGACGUGAUCCGUGACGUAGAUCUCAACAAGCUUGAACCCUGGGAUAUUCAAGAGAAGUGCAAGAUAGGAUCCGGCCCGCAAAACGAUUGGUACUUCUUCAGUCACAAAGACAAGAAGUACCCAACUGGGACUAGAACGAACCGCGCCACGGCCGCCGGAUUCUGGAAAGCCACCGGCCGGGAUAAGGUCAUCUACAGCAGCCUCAAAAGAAUCGGAAUGAGGAAGACCCUGGUGUUCUACAAGGGCCGAGCCCCCCACGGCCAGAAAUCCGACUGGAUUAUGCACGAAUAUAGGCUCGACGACAACACCGCUCCCAGCGCCGUCCAUGGAUCCGCGCAGGUUCCAAACUCGAGCGGAGACUCGGCGGCGGAAGACGGGUGGGUGGUUUGCCGAGUGUUCAGAAAGAAAAAUUAUCAGAAGACCCUGGAGUGUCUCAAAGGCUCAUCCACAUCCUCGCAGACGGAUUACUCAAGGACAACCCAACUGCCCAACUCGAGCAGCAACGACGGCGUUCUCGACCAAAUCCUUCACUACAUGGGAAGAACUUGCAAGCAGGAAAACGAAACAACCAUCAACGGUAUCGAAAACAACAUGAAAUUUAUGAUCAGUACGCCGAACAACUCCGGAAGCAUUGAAAGAUUCAUGCACCUUCCGAGACUGGAAAGCCCCAACUCUCUUCCUCCACUCCCCAACAUCAAUGCUAACGCUGCCUCAGCGGCACCCUUCGAUGUCGACGAGGUGUUCGAAGAAAGUACUGAACCAGGCAGCCACAACUCCGCCAGAGGUAACGAGAAUGACUGGGCCGCCUUCGACCGCCUCGUCGCUUCCCAACUCAACGGCCAUGGCGGCCUCGACACACCCAAACAAUUAGCCUGCAGCUUCGGAGACCCAAAUUUGUCAUUUUUUCUGUCGCCCGAGGAUCAAGACGAGGUACAGUAUAUGAUGACAGAGCUGCGUUCGAACAGGGUAGUGCCGCUGGGGCUUCAACAGGGUUAUAGCGGCGAGAGCGAUAUCUGGAGUUUCAACCGGUCGUCGUCGUCAUCGUCAUCCGACCCAUUGUCCCAUUUGUCGGUAUAACAGACGUGUACUUGAUCAUACCCUGUAUCCAUGUCCAUAUGUCAUCAUAUUUGUUCCUCCUAAAAGUCAAAAAAGGAUAUCUGUUGAUGAUAUAUAUUCAUAUAUCGAAAUCUAUAUAUAUAUAUAUAUAUAAACAUUUGUAUUUGCAUAAAUAAAGUGGGUGACAUUAAAUUUCUUGGCCCAGUUUAAUUCAA